AUGAGUCUCGCAGAACAACUAUCAGCGGUCGCUUCCAAAGCCAGUAGCGUCAUCAAGCCCGAAUUCGCCGCGCCCAUCGCCGCAGGCCACGCCAAGUUCCUCUCGACCUUCAAUGCCGCCUCCGUCGUCAAGCCCGGCGACAAGCUGCCGGCCUUCACCAUGCUCAACGCCACCGGCCAGCCCGUCACAAGCGCCUCCCUGCUCGCCAAAGGCGGCCCGCUGCUCAUCACCUUCUAUCGCGGCGAGUGGUGUCCCUUCUGCAACCUCGCCAUCGCCUCCCUGCAGAAGCACCUGCCCGAGUUCGAGGCGCGCGGCGUUACCCUCGUCGCAGUCUCGCCCGAGCUGCCCAACGGCAACAUGACCAUGACCGAGAAGCACGAGCUUCGAUUCCCGGUACUAACAGACCUACACAACGCGCUCGCGCGCCAGCUGGGCAUUAUGUACGACCAGUCGGGCGCCAGGGACUUCCACAAGAGCGUGGGUAUCGAUCUGGAGGCGCGCAAUGGCGAUGAUAGCUGGGAGGUGCCUAUCCCGGCCACGCUGCUGGUCGAUCGCGAGGGCGUGGUGAGGAAUGCUUGGGUUAAUCCGGAUUUCAAGACUAGACUGGACCCGAAGGUUGCGCUGGCGUGGAUUGAUGCCUUGGAGAUGGGGGCGAACUGA